AUAUUGAUAUUAUAAUAUAAUUAUUUUUUUACAAAGCGUUUUCAUUAGUAUCUUUAUCUUAUCAGUGGAUUUUUAUUAUAUGCCGUAGGAAUCUUUACACUAUCAUAUGUUUGGGUUUCAAAUUCUCAUCUUUAGGAAUGUAUAAUGUGGAAUAUUUGGAGAAUAAUUCAAAGUGUCUCAAGGCAAUAUUCAAAUAUUGAACAGUAUGAAUUAGAAAAUAUGGAUAACACCGAAACCUCAGAUCAAAGAAACAUACUUAUAAAUCGUCUGCAAAGGGUAAAAUAUUGUGAUAAUAAAGUUAUCACUGCAAAGUAUAAUAUAUUUACAUUUAUACCCAAAUCAUUAUGGGAACAAUUUCAAAUAUAUUCCAAUUGCUUCUUUUUAUUCAUUGUUAUUUUACAACAAAUUCCAGGAGUUUCUCCAACAGGCAGAUUCACAACAGCUGUUCCACUAACAUUUAUAUUAUUAGUUUCAAUGAUUAAACAACUCUUAGAAGAUUAUCGUCUGCACAAAUCGGACAAAGAAGUUAACAAUAGUUUAAUAUAUGCUUUUAGACAUGGAAUGUGGAUCAAAGUUAAAUGGAAAGAAUUAUCUGUUGGUGAUCUGGUGAAAGUAAGUGAGGAUAAUAGAUUCCCAGCUGAUUUAGUGCUAUUAGCCUCUAGCGAGCCCGAGGGCAUGUGUUACAUCCAAACUUCCAAUCUGGACGGAGAGACCAACCUCAAGAUUAGACAGGCCCCUCCAGCUAAAACCUUGACUCCCCAAUCCGGACAAACGGAAGAUGCCGAGAAAUGGAAAAGCGACAUAACCUCGAAAUCGAGUCUCAGGAGCGUGGCUACCAACGCUUACGCUGGCUUCAUCGCUUCCCUGAGAACUAUUAGGGGCAAAAUAGAGUGCGAAAAACCUACCCGGUUUCUCUACGAUUUUACUGGCUCAUUGAGGAUAGAAGGGGCCGAGCCCUUUCCUCUUAAUUCCGACCAACUUUUAUUGCGCGGAUCUCAACUUAAAAACACAAAGUGGAUUAUUGGUGUGUGCGUUUAUACUGGACACGAAACGAAAAUCAUGCUCAAUGCCAUGUUGCCAUCCCUCAAAAGAUCCUCAAUUGACAAAAUAGUUAAUAGACAGAUCAUAAUUCUAUUCGUCAUCUUGAUUUCGCUUUGUCUGAUAAGUGCUCUAGGAAACACUAUUUAUAAUCACAAAAGAUUAGACAAAGAUUGGUACCUUGGAUUUUCCCCCAAUUGGUGGAAAACCAACCCUAAUUUAUUGCCGAGAUUUCAGAAAAGACGGCCAUUAGACUCGAACACGGAUAAAAAUACGUCCAAUCAAUACAAUUAUUACAACAAUUUUGAUGGUCAGGAGGACGAAGUAUACGCUACCAACACUACCGAGGAGAGAGCCCACGUCAGAGAAAAGAAAUAUUCUGAAAUGGUGGCUAGUAACUUUGGCUACAUUUUUCUCACCUUCGUCAUCCUGUACAAUAACCUGAUCCCUAUUAGCCUGCAAGUCACGGUAGAAGUUAUCAGAUUUUUCCAGGCUUAUUUUAUCAACGUGGACGCGGACAUGUAUGACAAGGAUAGUAUGACAUACGCUACCGCUCGAACCUCAAGCCUAAACGAAGAACUUGGACAGAUAAAAUACGUUUUUUCGGAUAAAACUGGUACAUUAACCCGGAAUGAAAUGGAGUUUAAAAAGUGUACCAUCGGUGGCCAUGUUUAUGGAAACCGAUCCGAAAAAGACACGGUUUUCGACGACCCCUCGUUUGCCGAAAUUCUAAGGGGCUCUGAUGAAGAAUCCAAAGUUGUCAGGCAGUUCAUGACUGUCCUCGCAGUAUGUCACACUGUUAUACCUAUGAAUAAACAAAACAAGCUUUCAACUGACUCGUCGUUUUCUCCCAGUCUAGAAGAUCCGAGUAUUUCUCCUAGGGAUGAGAUUGACGUCGCAGGUGCCAAUAUUCCUCCUUCCCCAGAACCAUUCAAUAGUAGUAAAGAGGCUAUCAAUCCUGCUAAGAAGAAAAAGAAAAAGGAUGUGGCUAUGGGUUGCAUUCCAACCUCUUCUAAGCGAUGGUUGGCCAUUUGUCCAGAGCUGGCCCCUUGCUUCCGAACAUCGGUAGAAUCUGACCCAAGCUUUCUUACGCCUCAAGGAAGUCCUGGCUCUCCUACUAGCAACGAUUCAUUGACUCCCGAAGAAGACAUUUUCGCCGAUGUUGCUGUUAAAUUGGGAAAGAAGAUCGAAAAUUAUCAGGGAUCCUCGCCAGACGAAUGCGCAUUAGUCGAGGGAGCCAAAAAGCUAGGUUACGAUUUCGUUCACCGAGAAGGAUCCUCAAAGGUAGUCGUGGAUAUACUGGGCAAAAAAUACGAUUUCGAAGUUUUAAAUAUCCUCGAUUUUAACUCCGAUCGCAAAAGAAUGUCUUGCAUUAUCAAAUGCCCUUUAGGGUUCUUAGAUUCCCCACCUCCCGGGUCUGAACAACGGAAUUCAACUUCCGCAUCCAACGGAGGAAACAACGGUAAAAUAACUAAAGGUAAUAAUUAUCAAGCCAUUAUCAACUCCGAUGAAAAUAAUAACCAACUCGGACAACAAAAACAUGAUGCCGAUAUAGAUGGAGUGCAGGGUAAAAGCGAGAAUUAUAAUAGCACACUCCAAAAAACCGACCAAGUUUCCAAUAACUAUAACAACGGGGCCAAUGGGACCGAUCAUGGUAAAAACGGAGAUUACGAAUUAUGGUUAGUGACCAAAGGGGCCGAUAACGAGGUUUACGCCAGACUCGGAACCGACGAUAAAAAUAUCGCUUACAGGGAUACGACUAUGAACGAUUUGGAAAUGUUCGCUAUGCAUGGUCUUAGGACAUUGUGUAUAGCCGUUACUCCCAUUGAUAAGAGCAUCUACGAGAAAUGGAACAAAGAGUAUCAAGAAGCGAAACUGGCUAUCAAAGAUAGGGACAAAAAGGUGGACGAAGUAUUUGCUCAAGUCGAAAAGAAUUUGCAACUCUUAGGCGCUACAGCUAUUGAGGACAAACUUCAAGAAGGUGUACCAGAAUGUUUGACAAAAUUAGCUCAGGCCGGUAUCAAGACCUGGGUUUUAACGGGAGAUAAACAACAAACUGCAAUCAAUAUAGGCUAUUCCUGUGCUCUACUUACAAAAGAUACACCAUUGUUAGUCGUUAAUGAAAAUAAUGCUGAGGAAGUUCACAAUAUUCUCAAACGUUACAAAGAUCAACUUGGCGACCGUGUUAGGAAAGAUAACAGAGUGGCUUUGAUUAUAGAUGGAAAGUCUUUGAAGUUCGCUCUCGACGCCGAUUCUAAAAAUGAUUUCUUGGACGUUAUAUUAUCGUGUCAAACUAUUAUAUGUUGCAGAACUACACCUCUCCAAAAAUCUGAGGUUGUUCAAUUAAUAAGAGCAUACACUCCUUACUCAACGCUAGCUAUAGGAGAUGGGUCCAAUGAUGUCGCUAUGAUUCAAGCUGCUCACGUGGGAGUCGGUAUAGGUGGAAGAGAAGGUUUACAGGCCGCGAAUUCGUCAGAUUUUUCGAUAUCACAAUUUAGGUUUUUGACGAAACUCUUAUUGGUUCACGGGGCUUGGAAUCAUUCUCGCAUGUGCAAACUUAUUCUCUAUCAAUUUUACAAGAAUAUAUGCAUGUAUGUCAUCGAACUCUGGUUUGCAAUGAUCAGUUAUUUUUCCGGUCAACCUUUAUUCGAAAGAUGGACCUUAGGUCUUUACAAUGUUGCGUUUACCGUACUACCUCCAGCGGCUAUAGGUUUGUUCGAUAGGACAUGUAGUGCUGAAUCAUGCCUCAAAUUCCCUAUGUUGUAUUCUGAAGCCUUCAGAUGUGAACAGUUUGAUGUCAAAGUAUUUUGGAUAUGGAUCAUGAACGCGGUCUUGCAUUCGCUUUCUAUAUUUUGGUUCACUUUUCUCAUGCAAAUGAAUGACGUUGUUUGGCGAUCGGGGAAAACUGGCGAUUAUUUGGUCUUGGGAAAUUUUAUAUAUACUUAUGUCGUUAUAGUGGUAUGUCUUAAAUCAGGACUGGUUACUCAAUCUUGGACGAUAAUGUCUCAAAUAGCUAUAUGGGGCAGUAUAAUAUUUUGGAUGUUAUUUUUGAUCGUGUAUAGCUUCAUUUGGCCCUGGAUACCUAUUGCAUCAGAGAUGUGUGGAGAAGUAACAUUAAUAUAUUCUUCAUUCGUAUAUUGGUUUGGUAUCAUAAUCAUACCACUAAUAACACUAUUCCCCGACUUCGUAAUCAAAGUAUUUCAAAGAACUCUUUGCCCUAGUCUUAUCGAAAAAGUUAGGGAGUUAGAAAUUUCAAAUCAAGACCCCACCGAUUUGAUAACCAAAACGACGAAAAAAACCAUAUUUUGGGUGCUGACAAAAAUGUUCGAGACUCUAGCUCUCCUAGACGAUCAAGAGGAUAUUAAAAAUGGUCGACCUAAAGGUAGUACUUACUCUCGGCGAAUGUCUCACUUGCCCCUCUCUCUUCAAAAUCACCUUAGAAAACUAAGCCCUAUAGAAAAAGGGAUUAUUGCCGAAACUGAAAAGUGCCACAAUGUUAACAAGCUCCUUACGCCCUUGGAUCUUGAAGCCAUGGAAAAUGAUCAUGAUAAAUUAAAUAACCUUGAUCAGCCAUCACAUUCGAUAUACCUCGAUAAAAACGAGCUCAAAAAUAAGGAAGAUAUUAUCCGAUUAAAUGGAAUAAAAAAUGGUAAAAAUGGCUUAAAGGCUAUGGGCGGGAUAAAACUUGAUGAAAUGAAGAAGAAAAACGGAGGACCAGAACCUAAAUCGUUUGAUCAAUUACUCCUUGAAACACCGGUACCCAGCAAAGAAAAUCUGGAAAGUCCUGGAGUAAAUUCGGCUAUAGAUGGAGGAGACGAGAGAAAAAAAUUGAAUGUUAAGAAUGGAGACAAUGUUGUUAUUAAUCAAAAGUAAAUAAUGAUAAAACUACUCAGUGCCUAAAAAACGAUACCAUAUUUAUAUACGCGAAUUCGAUUUAGAAGUGAUAUGAAAACGAUAUCUGAUAAGGGUUUUAAGGUUGGUCGUUGGAAAAUAAAAUCAGUGAUUUUAAGUGCAACUUACUAGCAUACAAUUAUAUUGAUCUAUUUUUAAAAUUUAAUGCUUUAAAUAUAAUUCGCUUUCAUAUUUUUAUCCCAUUUUAACAUAAUAAUUAAAAUCAUAAUUAUGUUUUUUUUCUUCUAAAAUAUUUUGUUCAUAUUUUUUUUAUAAAUAUAUUUUUUUUUGCGAACUCGAAAUUAACAAAAUGACAAUUAUUUUUCCUCCUAAAUGCUCUUUUAAAUCACCCGCCGUUUAGCGCAAUAAUUUUUUUUUGCUCUUCAAAUUAAGCUUUAAUUUUUUGUAAUACUCUAAAAUUUUGAAUAUUUUAUUCUCAGGAAACUUUAAGAUAUAUAUUAAUCUUUUUUUGGGUAAAAUUAUAAUUUAUCAAGAUC